AUGCCGCGCUCAGGCGUUGGAGUCUUUGGCAGGACCGCCGCGCCGGUCCUAGAGAUCAAGCCGGAUUCCCCGUUCGUGGUCUUCUAUGGAGAGCCGUCGGAGGCGCAGAACGCAGAGCUCACCGGCAAGCUCGUCCUCACCAACCCAGAGUCCAUGUCGGUGCGGAGCAUACGCAUGGCAUUGACGGGCGUGCGCAAAGUCUCGUGGCACACGACCAACACGGUGACGCCGCAGCCCAUCAUGCAGAAGCAGCACUUCCUACUCGAGAACCUCAACCUCUUCCCCGUCGACGGAAACAAGAACAAGCCGCACAAGAUCAAUGCCGGCGUGCACGAGUGGGAGUUCAAGUUCAAGAUGCCGAGCCAUCUGGACGAGAGCGUUGAGGGCCUCCCCACCAACUGGAUCGUGUACAACUUGAAAGCGACCGUGGACAAGGGAUACAUGAGCAAGCCAUUGACGGCUUCGUCGCACAUUCGAGUGAUACGGACCCUGGGGCGGGAUAUGAUGGAAACCGUCCCCAUGGAGCAGAUCAACGAGGACAUCUGGGCCUCGAAACUGGCGUACAAAAUCACCGUGCCACAGAAAAACUACAUUGUCGGGACAUCAAUAACGGCCGACUUCGUCCUAAUACCCUUACGAAAAGGGGUGGAGAUAGCGAACAUCAAGAUAGAGCUCAUAGAAUCGCGUCAGCUCUUCUGCGACUAUGCCGGACGGCGGAUAAGCCACCAGACCGAUGUUCAAGUCGCCGUCAAGGACGAAAACAUGCCCGAAAACUCCGAACACGUAGUUCCCAACGGAGUAGAAGAGGCCGAUCAGCUGUUCGAUGAGUGUCACCGCUUCUCCAUGACGCUAGAUCUGCCCAAGUCCUUGAAAAAGUGCAGGCAGUCUGUGGACACGGACAGCAUCCGGAUAUCGCAUAAACUCCGCUUGUACGUCAAUCUGCAUAACCCGGAGGGGCAUACGAGCCAACUCCUGGUCAAGAACCAUGUCCACCUGUUCAUAUCCCCCAAUCUCCCGCCCCGCGAGGAUCAGAGUGUUGAAGUCGAUCACAACCUGCUAUCCCAACAAGCAAUACGCGACGAGGUUCAUCAGAAUGCACCGCCAACGUACGGCCUCCAUCAGCUGGACGAGCUGUACAACGACAUUGACCCCAGCGGAUUCAUGACUCCCGGCGGGCAUGCGAGCCUAGGCAAUAGCGGGGCAAAUACCCCCUUCUACACUCACAGCCGUUCUGGUUCCGUCGAGGAUCUUGCAUCAAUGGAUGCCGUUGCAGGCGGUCCGUCCUCAACGGUCCUCCACAACCGCCUCCAAAACCUCAACGUGAACCAGAACAACCGCAUUACUCGGCUUGCGCCCACUCGUCAUCAUUCAUCAGGGGGUAGUACUCCACAUUCUGUCCUAGACGAGCCCAGCCACCCGCCGCCGUCGAAUUACUACAACCCCGACGGAGUGUUUGACAUGGAAGCUCUUGCCCGUACGCCCUCCUAUAACACAGCUGUGCGCACUCCAACACGGACUCCCAUAUCAGAAGACCUGCCGACGUACGAAAUCGCCACCUCCAGACCGUCGAGCCCUAGCAGAACUCCUCAUAGUGGGGGAACGACGCCAAGUCCAGCGCGCAGUCUGGACACGCUUAGAGAGGAAACGCAACGAAACACCGAAAUCAAUAGUCAGAGACAAAGUCCAAGAACGAGCAACGACGGAAGGUAA